UAAAUUAUCGAUAACAUAUUUUUGUGCGUCACAGAAUUAUAAACAUGUUUUUAUUAAGUUCGUAAUUACAGAAAGAUUAUAAGAUUAUUUAACACAAUGUUAGGUCAACAAUAUAACGUCAGAACUACUCCUCGCUUCUUGUAAAGUUGCAUUUGAGAUCCCAGUUGGCCUGAAACUUUGUAGCAAAUUAUUACGCGGAUGAAUAUCCUCUGAAUAUUAUACAUUAUUACACUUUGUACGGUUCAUCUAUCGUUUUAUUGAGAACUUGCAGAUUCCCGAUUCACGUAAAAAUGUAAUUAUUAACGAAAUUUACACGUUGCUUUAUGCAUUUUUAGGUGGUCUGUAAAUAUAGAGUCUAUACACUUUUUUAUAACUUAACGAUAAUAUUCAUGCUAAAUUCUAACAUUAAAAUUAUUAUAGUUAUUUAUGAGAAAAUUAUACUAUAAUUUUUUAAUCAUUAUCAUUUGCCAUCUUUUCAUAAGGGAUUUAUUCACAGUAAUUCUGAUAGAUAGCAGUGUUAAACGCAGUUAUUUCACGCUGUAUGAAGAUUGUAAAUGAAACUUGAUUAUAAAAAGUAAUAAUAAAGUGAAAAUGGACACACAACAGUGUCGUUUGCGGUCACCAUGCGUCGUGUUUUAAUUUUGUUUAUGGUUUUCCUUUCUGUUACGGCAAGCUCUCGUGACACUUAUGAGAAAUGUGCUCCGAUGUUGGAAGACCAUACAAGCGUAAUGUGUUGCAAGGACUAUGAUUUAUCGAUACGUCAAGAAAAUAAUGCUGAAUGUUAUAAAAUACCAUCCACACCGAACGAUUGUGAACGAGAAAAAUGUGUAAUAAAUAAAAGAGGAUUACUCAAACCAAACGGUGAGAUUGAUAUAAGUAAAAUAGAAAGUGACUUCGAGUCUCUCGGUGGUGAACCAGAAAAGUUUCUUAUUUUUAAGGAUAAAUGCUUAUUCAAUAAUGACCUUGAUGCGUAUGCUAUGGAAGAUGCUUGUCCAAUGAAGAAAAUGUUCAACUGUCUUCGAGCUCAAGUAUUAUUCAACUGCAAAAUCUGGGUGGAAUCAGACGCUUGCAACGAGUUUAAAGAGAAAGUAGAAGAUUGUACUGAGUUAUAUUAAAAGUUUUUUUAUAUACCUAAUAUAAUUUAUACAAUGUUUUGAUUUAUGCACCGAUUCUAAAUUAAUUAAUUAUUGUAACACAAAUCCAAUAAACUUAUUGAAGUAU